GCAUAUGGUUUACACUUAGUGUUAUCGUGCGGUGAACCUCGUCAAAAUUAAGUCCAAACAAGACCGGAAAAUUCAUCGAAAACCUCUGAAAGGAUCAAAGGGAAGUAGCUCUACCACAAGACGAGACUAAGACGCCGUAUUCACGACUUUAGCGUUUAAAUUCAUUCACUGUCAAAUGAAAUAGCUGUCGCUGAAGGCCCGUCCAAGUGUGAACGUCGUCUCUUGUUUGUACGUAGGGAAAAAAGUUUACAACAUGAAACUUCUAUGCUUCAAUUUUAAGCUUCUUUAUUUCUCUGUACUGUUGUUUGUUAUCGAGUUUACCUUGAGAGGACUUGGACAUAUCUACAUGCCGUUACACUGGUCUCCUUUGAAUCCAAAGUUUCAGCCGUCCUCCAACUCUAGUUAUUACAGGAUGAACGUUCUUCCAAUGUCAAAACUCAACAUAAUUUGUCCCAAUAAUGUCUUAAACCCUAUAAAACUACAGCAGAGUCCAGCAAAGGAUCAACUCUACGAGAACUUUUGGAUCGUCGACAAGCAGAGCUUUGACUCUUGUGAAGUGAAUACAUCAAUACCAACAAAUCGUCUGCUGUAUGAGUGCAAUGAACCUUUAAAACUCAAAUAUUAUCUCCUCGUGUUCCUGGAUGUUAGUCCGUCCGUGCAUUCACUGGAGUUUGAUAGAGGGAAGGAUUAUUAUUUUAUUUCAACUUCUGAUGGAACCAAGAGUACAUUGAAAAGUACUAAACAUGGACAUUGCAAAACAGAUCGGAUGAAGAUGGUACUUCAUGUCUGUCUGAAUGAACAAGACCCGUUAUGUAUAGAACAGCCGGUAACCACACCCAAACCUACCACAUACCCUACCACGACAACUAAACCCACAACAACAACACAACCUCCAACAACAACACCAACAACAAGAUCUACUACUACGAGUGAAUCAACCAUAGAAACAACAGAAAAGAAGCGAGCAACUGUAAAUGACGCUCCGAUGUCAGAAAAUGAUAUUACGAAAAGGAAUGACGAUGAUCUUGUACAUAACACCGAGAAAAGAAUGAAUUAUCCAACACCGCAUAUGGAGGCGGCGAAGAAAGAAAGGACUGCAGCUGAGAUCGCUGAAGAUGCAACAUGGUUUAUAUUAGUGGCUGUAAUGGGUACACUACUUGCAGUCUCUGUUUCUUGUAAUAUUUAUAUGUUAUGUUGUCGGAAAGAUCACCGAAGAUCAGAAAUAGCAGACAAGCGAUCAUCAGCAGCUCACACUCUUUUAAAAGAAAACUCCAAAGUAGAUAGAGUAUAGCACAGUAUAUGUUAUUAUAAAGGUUUAUAUAUGGUAUAUAAUUUUGUUACAAGUGUAUUAUUGAACGUCUCAACACAUUUAUAUUAUGUACAUAAACUCCUCUCACGGUGAAAGAAAAACAUUUCGCCAAGGAUAGAAUUACUAGGGUGCAAAUCUUUUAAAUAAUUCUUAGUUUUUAUGUCAAGAUUGGAACUGACUGAAAUGCCUGGCAUAUGGCUGAUAAAUGGCAUCCAUAUUUUACGUAUUUUCGUGGGAUAUUUAACGAUAGAUAUAGGGGAUCAUUGAAGAUAUCCCGUUUUGGGUCUCGGCAAUUAUAUUGGUUGUUCUGUAAAGAAUUUAUAUACAAGGAACAUGAUGUCUGUAGUUUGGAUUGAAGAUGGCAUCUUUGCCCGCUUGGGGCUCGUACAAAUAUGCUAAGAUAAUCGUCUCUCAAGCUAUCCAGUUAUUGGAACUCUUUCUACCCGUACUGGAUGUGCUAUAGAACUUCCAUUGUCGGCAAUGUAGAUACGUGAUGAGUGUCACUAUAAACGUUGGCUAAGUCUAUCUAUUCACACUUGAGGACUCUACAGAUAUCCUGUUUCAAUUCGAAAAUAUCACCCAUCAUGGAAGCUUGGAGCUAUCUUUAUUUGUGUAGGAGGACUUUCCAAGGCAGACAUUGAUGUCUCAUCAUUUGGAUUGCACCCUUCGCAUAAGGUCCUCGCAAGUAUGCAUUAUAUGUGUCUGAAGAAUUCUUCUCUCCUUGUCAUUCACCCAUGCUUUAGAACUCUAUCUAAAAGUAUUGGAUGAGCGUGGAUACUGGAUUACAAAUGGAUUUUGUCCAUCAUUCGCUUAUGGUCCUCACAAGUAUAUAUUAUAUGUGUCUGAAGAAUUCGUCUACUUGUUGUCUUUUCAUUUGCCCAUGCUGCUUGGAACUUAUUGUAUGCAGCUGCUUGGAACUUAUUGUAUGCGGCGGGAGAAUUUUCCAACACGGAUAUCGUCACUGUAGUCUGUUAGUGUAUCAACAGCCUACUUUCAAGGCCUAUCUCACUGAUCUAUUAACGAUUUACAAGAUACUUGAACUCUGUUAUUAAUAAAUUGAGUCAUAGUUAGUAGUCCCCCUCUACUAACUAGCAUUUAGUAUAGGUAGCAAUCUAAUUUUUCAUUGAUAGCAUUUUAAACUAUAAGACUUGAAAGGUUUUAUAUUCCUUGGAUGCAGCACACUUAUUUCAAAAAAGGUUGUUGGUCGGAGAACUGAAAUCUGACACAUGAAAUGAAUUGAACCUGUGAGCUGUGGAUAAGGAAUAAAUGUUUAAAAAAAUACAAAGGAAAGUGAUAAUUUUUUAAAUAUUUUUAAUGGUAGUUUGCAACAGUUUUAAAUAUCUGAAUAUGCCACCACCUUUGAGCAAUGACUGCGCUGGCGAAUCAUCUCAGAUUUUAGACGUUUUUUGAAAUAGGUGUGUACAUAAAAGCCAAGGUAUUACCAGUUCUAGGGGCAACUUGUUCUCGUGCUCUAAACGAAGUGGAACACCUUGUCCUAGCAUCGGUGCAAGGGAGGUCAAUAUACCUUGUUACCUUUGGUGCAAUGUUUUACCAUUUCAAGACACGUCAUUUUCGUGAAAAUAAGAUUUUUUGUUUGAGUUGUAUCCAUAUUCAUGUGUCUUCUCAAGGACAACCGUUAAACAAAAAAAAUGAUKCUUUAGGGAAUGGCACGUGGUCUGAAAUGGGAAAAACAUUACGCCCAAGCUAAAGAGAUCUGUAGACCCUAUCUACUUGGGUGUGAUUUUUUCCUAUUUCACACCACGUUUUCUUGAGAAUAAGUUCUAUCCAUUUCGAUGUUUUUUCCAAAGCGUUAUUGUGAAGCAAAGGAAUUAUAACCACGGGAAAGAAACGUGGUCUAAAAUACAGCAACAGUGGUCUAUUGUUUAGCAGCGCACAACUGACUCUGCUGAUGAUCCUGACUGUGAUGUUUGCACUUGACUAGAAAGUAGAAAACCAGGUUCAAAAGAUACAAAUAGAUUUUCAUAAUAGAUAA